GCAGUCGCAGUCGCAAAGCGGCAACCGCAACGCCAAGACGUGUCGUGAACCAAAAACCGAGAAAAUUCAAACGAAAUUCAAAUUUGAAAUUCGUAAACGAAACUGAAAUCGAAACCGAAACCAGCUGCAAAUACAACGAAAGUGUCUCAAAUAGCCAUGGCACGCCUACUUCUUGCGCUUUGCCUGGCCUUAGGUGCAGUCAGUCAGCUGACCCAAGCCUCUGAGCUACAGGUGGCCAAGCAAUGGAAGGUGCUGGACUGGAACUUUCCAUCAGGAGCUCAUGCCAAUGAUCCUAAGUUUUAUAGUCCCAAGAACACGCUUAUCACAGGCAUUGCUGUAACGCAGGAUCGCAUCUUUGUUGCCACGCCCAAGCUAUUCUCGGGUGUGCCCUCCACUGUAAGCUGGGUGCCAAAGGCACAGUUUGGUGACUCAGCCAAGCUGCAGGCCUAUCCCGACUGGAGCUACUCCAAUACCGCGCGCACCAACUACAACUGCAGCGAUUUGAUUUUAACAUCAGUUUAUCGCCUGCGCGUUGAUUCAUGCAAUCGAUUGUGGCUGCUGGAUGCUGGCGUUUCCCGUUCAUUGGAGGAUUACGAAAUAACCUGUCCGCCCAAAAUACUGGUGGUAGACCUGAACACAGAUCGCGUGGUGCGUCGAAUUGAUUUUCCACGUGAAGUGAUACGCGGUGAGACGCUGUUCACCAACAUGGUUAUUGAUGAGACGACAGCCAAGAGUUGUGAUGAUGUUUUCGUUUAUAUAACGGAUACUGUGGAGCCAGGCAUUAUAGUGUUUGACAGCAGCAAGGAUGUAACCUGGCGUCUAUCGCAUCCAGCUAUGUAUCCCGAUCCGGACUUUGCACAGUCGGAAAUACACAACGAUCGUUUUGUGCUUAUGGAUGGCGUUGUUGGCUUGACCUUUGAUGAGCGCAAUGGCAUCGUUUACUUCCAACCGCUGGCCACAGAUCGCGUCUUCUCUGUGCACAAGAAUGUGCUGCGUGCUGGUCCAUUGGCUGAUGGUCAAAUGCUGGAUGUUAAGCUGGUGGGCAAAAAGUCCUCCCAGGGCAUAGGAUUGGCCGUGUCGCCUUAUGACAAUAGUUUGAUCUUCAGUCCGCUGAGUGAAACGGCGCUUGCUGCCUGGAAUCCUGCCAACAAUCAGCAAUCGGUGCUGGCCCAGGAUGGCGAGAAGCUGCAGUUUGUGGCAGAUAUAACGACCACACGUGCUGAGCCUGGUGUAAUCUAUGCCAUAUCCUCCAAGUUCCAUCGUUUCUUCUUGAAGAAUCUCAAUACCAAUGAGUUCAACAAUCGCAUAGUGCGCUUGGAGCUGCCUGCAGCAACUGGCGUCAGCACCUACAAGACUCCUUAUACAUCCUUGACCACGCUGCCUACAGCACCUGCGCACAAUAGUUUGUUAUCCUUUGGCAGCAGCUAUCACAGCACGCCCACACACUUUCCCCAGACGACAGGCAAUGCGCUGCAGAGCUAUUUUACUAGUCCAGCAUUGAGCACUACGCUGACCACCAAGGCGCCUUUCAAGUUCCUUUCCAGCGAUCUGGGUAGCUAUGGCAUACGCCAAACUUUUACGCCGCUGAACACCGGAUUUCCACCCAGCAAGGCCGAGCGCGAUAUCUAUCAGCCUUCCUAUUUGGAUAGCUUAGCAGCUAAUCCUUUGAUCGCGCCCACAGCCGCCGCCGCUCAUGCCCCAGUUGUUGCGCCUGCCAGUUAUCGCCAACGUCACCACACUCAUGCUGGCUACUAUUAUCAACAUUAAAGAAGUAGAAGAAAUAAUGUUUUCUAAAUUUUGAAAUUGCAAUUUUUUU